GCGAGGGCUGUGAUUGGCUAACACAGGUUCACCAUAAUCACAUGGUGUGGAUUUCCGCUUUGACACAUUUACUUUCAGCAGCAGGGCAGGGACACACCACAUACAACACAUGCAGAGUUACUGUACUUAACUAGCUGUAGCAGAGCUGCACUAUGGUGCUGUGAAGAGAGAGCGCUCCACUCCACCAUGCAAUCCACCAUGAACUUCAACGGGCUCCUGCGACAGGGCAGCCAGGACAGUUACAUGAUGGAGGGCUCUCUGAGGAAGAAGGGUCGUCUAUGGUAUCAGCGCUCUCUGAAGGAACACCAUAACAAAACCAGUCAGAAUGGGGGGACUACUCCUGGGACUCUGCCAAGAGGCUGGAAACAGUCCAACAGAGCCCGCUCAAACUCCUUAGUGGAUUACACUGAUCCUCAGAGGACUACCAUUAUGUUGCAAAAGCAAGACAAUGAGACGUUUGGAUUUGAAAUUCAGACGUAUGGCAUGCUGCUGAAGAAAAGCAUGGCGGUGGAGAUGUGCACAUUUGUGUGCAAGGUGCAGGAGGACAGCUCAGCUGAGAGUGCAGGCCUUACCGCUGGUGAUGUUAUCGUCACCAUCAAUGGGGUCAGCAUUGAGGGGUCAAGCCAUCAGCACAUCGUUGACCUGAUUCGAGAAUCCACCAACUUAUUACAGAUGGAGACGGUGUGUGGGACGGUGGUGAAGAGGAUUGAACUGGAGAAGAAGAUGAGCUUGCUCAAGCAAACCCUGAGAGAGAAAAGGAUGGAGUUGCAAGCGCUCACAUUAAAGGAAACAUGCCUUAUGCGAGGUAACCUGAAUGACAGUUCUCUACACCCCUCUACGGACUCCCUGAUGUCUCCAAUGUCUCUGUCAGGACACAGUGGCCACCGCAGCCACCGCUUCUCCAGUGACAGUAGCUGCCGUAGUGGGAUGACAGAGGACAGUGACCUGGCCAGUGUGUUUGGUGACCUGAGCUCCCCGAGCCCCUGCAGUGCGGCCAGUCCAGACGAUAGUUGCUUCUUCUCCAGAGACUUCACCCAGGAAGGGCCCCCCCCAGCCAGCCUCAGCCGUACCCGCAGCCUGGCCAGCAGCAGCAGUUCCCUCUCCUCCCCCUCCCCCACAUGGGACCCCUUCAGAGCCUCCUCCCUGUUUGGGACCCUCCCCAGGAAGGCCAGGAGAGCCAACGUCCGCAAACACAUCCUGAAGUUCAUCCCUGGAUUCAACCACUCAGUGGAGGAGGAGGACACCUGAACUGAGCUGUGAACGAACACUACAGUACGUCUUCGUGUGAUGUGACGUUCAAUACAAACAUUUCUUGCUGAGAUGGAGGUUGUCCUUAUAUGGAUACCAUACCUGGACUCAGGAAGAGACACAUACUAUAUGAGCAUUAUGGGCAUGAGAAGCAUUAGGAGGAAGCAAGCAUUCUCCCUUUGACAAAAGCCUUCAGUUAUCUACAGCUACUGUAUGCAUGAUGGACUGCUUUGGUGUUGCACUUUCACACAACCAUUUUCAGAGGAUUUGUUCUUGACCAAAAUCAUAUUGAGAAGACAGCAUUAAUCCUUAUAAUUGUAACAAUUCUUUGUAAUAAAGAAUGCAGUUAUUUGUCAUAAAGAACGCAAGACUCAGUUCAUGUGUGUGCAGCCAGUGAAACAAAGAUUGUGCUUGGCAUUUCUAAAAUUGUGACCAUUAGAUGUAGGGAGAUAAUUAAGAGAUAAUAUGAAGGAAAAGGCACGAUCUUCCUCAAUUAAACAUUUUGCUUGUAUAUAACUUAAGACAUAUAUGCUUUUCAUAUUUACAUGUGAUCAAAUAAGUUAUAUUGGACAUGUCUGGCAGUUUAGUCACGUAAAAAGUGUGAGUUCUUAACCACGUAGCUAACUCCACAGUACAAAACAGGAUGUGGGCAGAGAAGGUGCUACGUUCUUCACUAUUUCUGUUCCCAUGCCACUUUUGGCUUACGUAUCUACAACUUACUUUCAAUCUUGAUAAAUAAACUACACAUCUGAAGUUUCCUGUAAUUCAGGACAUUUUUCAGUAACUUUGAGUGUCAUUUAAUUUAUUGUAUGCUUGCUAUCUUCAUUUUGCUGCUUUUAUUAAGAAUCAAAGCAAAUAUGUUUGAACUUCUCUGAACACAAGUGACCUGUCAUUUUUCUUAACAAAUAAACAGCGAAUAGUUGGUUCCUAAA